GCCGGGACCGGUGCGAUGCCCGCCCCGCUGCCCCCGACGGAGCUGCUGGGCUCGGAGCGGGCCGUGGUGCUCGUGUCCUGUGUCCUGUCCUGCGUGGGCUCCUCGCUCCUGCUCUGCUCCCAGGCGCUGUGGCCGGAGCUGCGGACGCGGCCGCGGCAGCUCCUGCUCUACCUGUCGCUGGCAGACCUGCUCUCGGCGCUCUCCUACUUCUACGGGGUGCUGCAGGACUUCGACAGGACCUCCUGGGACUGCGUCCUGCAGGGCGCCCUGUCCACCUUCGCCAACACCAGCUCCUUCUUCUGGACCAUGGCCAUCGCCCUCUACCUCUACCUCACCAUCGUCAGGGGCUCGCCCACGGGCACGGGCUUGCUGUGCUGCUUCCACGCCGUGAGCUGGGGUGUCCCCCUUGGCAUCACGGUGGCAGCUGUGGCUCUGAAGAAGAUUGGCUACGACGCCUCCAACGUUUCCGUGGGCUGGUGUUGGGUCAACCUGGAUGCUGAGGAUCGUGUCCUGUGGAUGCUGCUAACGGGGAAAGUCUGGGAGAUCCUGGCCUAUGUGACCCUGCCAGUGCUCUACAUCCUCAUCAAGAAGCACAUCAACAGAGCACACGCAGCUCUCUCAGAGUACCGCCCCAUCCUCUCAGGAGCACCCGCAUUCCAGCCCAGGACUUCCAUAGCGGACAAGAAGUUGAUUCUCAUCCCUGUCAUCUUCAUCUUCCUCCGCAUCUGGAGCACUGUGAGGUUCAUCCUGACCCUCUGCAACUCCCCUGCCGUGCAAAACUCAGCCCUGGUUGUCCUGCACGGAAUUGGUAACACGUUCCAGGGAGGUGCCAACUGCAUCAUGUUUGUGCUCUGCACUCGGGUGGUCCGGGCUCGGCUGCUUUCCUUCCUCUGCUGCUGCAAACACGAUGAGUCGGAUUGGCCCUGGCAGAGAUCAAACAGCUCCUGGCAGCGCCCAGAACCCCACAAGGACGUGCCAGGCCCUGAGCAGACAAAGCCACUGCUUUCCAGCACCUGAGCUGCCUCCACCUCAGCGUUGAGUCCUUCUUUCAUGGUGUGGGAUCAUCCCGGAGUCCCACAGAGGGAGCUAAAGCCCGGGAAACGCCGCUGGAGAGGCUGAGCAGAUGGAAAAGGUCCCACUCCUCCUUGCCCUCACAUACCAAAGGCUUUGGUCUUCAACUUUGCUUAGGAUCCUCUGGAAGAGACUGUUUGACUGUGCUCCAGUUUCCUGGUGUCCUUCCCUUCUUCCCCUCACCCUCCGCUAUAAAUCUUAGAAAUCGGUUUGGGGUUUUGCUUUGAGGCAAACGUGUGGUGAGUUCUGAGGUGAGCAAAUAUCACAGGGACAGGAAAACUUCAGUAGCUGCUGAAUAGGACUGUGCUGGGCAUGGAUUUCAGUCCUAGUGUGUGAAUCUUCCCGGGAGCUCCAGGCUGGCUCCUGUUCUUCACUUGAACACAGAUAACAAUGUGCAAACAAACGUCUUUGUUUGGUGGUGGUGGAUGGUUCCUCUGGAUGGUUCAUUCCUCCUCCUGGAUGGUUGAGGGCCUUCAUCAUCAGGGAUGGUGGUGGCAGCACAGGAGUUGCCUCCUGAGGAAAUCUGAACUCUGCAGAGUGCCCUGGUGCUCAGGGAUGUUCCCCAGAGCCUCCAGCAAGGACAGCCCUCCCAGCAGUGCCUGGCCAGUGCUCUGAGCUCCAGAGGUCCCCUGCUGAAGGCUGCAGUGUGUUCUUGCUUUGGGAGUGUGGCAUCAGACCUGGGGAGGGGAUGGGGGUUUUGUUUGCUAUUUGGGGAUAAUGUUUUACCUUAUUUACAGCUCCUCGUUUGCCUGGUGUUAAAAUAUUUCUCCAACUCGUACAAAAUAAAGUUUUGUUUCUUUACCA